AUCGUAACUGCAUUCGCGCUCAUUCUUUCCCAUACGCAACGGACACGGGACGGUUCGGCUCCGGAACAAGUGGCAUCGCGGAUCAUUUAAUUGAACGAGGCGGACGCACGAUGGACCGGCUCCGAAUCGAGUGGCAUCGCGCAUCAUAUAAUUGAACGUAUCAAUCGAGAUCGAGAGCCGGAUUGAUUUGGGGAUGGAUGUCGUCGCGAUGUCGUCUAAAUGAACUCGGCGUAUUGCGGGGCGGAUCGGCUCCAAAACAAUCUCGACUCGUUAAACAGUGAUCACUCAAUCGAGGCCGUUAAGUGGAAAAGAGUCUGCUGAAUACAAUGGCGAAGGCACCGGCAGUCGGAAUCGACCUGGGCACCACGUACUCGUGCGUGGGUGUCUUCCAGCACGGCAAGGUCGAGAUCAUCGCUAAUGACCAGGGUAACCGCACCACGCCGAGCUACGUCGCCUUCACCGACACCGAGAGGCUGAUCGGCGAUGCGGCGAAGAACCAGGUAGCCAUGAAUCCCAGCAACACCAUCUUUGACGCAAAACGCUUGAUCGGUCGUCGCUUCGAUGAUGCGACGGUGCAGAGCGACAUGAAGCACUGGCCAUUCACAGUGGUCAACGACGGCAGCAAGCCGAAGAUCGAAGUGUCUUACAAGGGCGAGAUGAAAACCUUCUUCCCCGAGGAGGUGUCCUCCAUGGUCUUAACGAAAAUGAAGGAGACAGCAGAAGCUUACCUAGGCAAGACUAUAACAAAUGCUGUCAUCACCGUGCCGGCUUAUUUCAAUGACUCUCAGAGGCAGGCGACGAAGGAUGCCGGCGCAAUUGCUGGCCUGAAUGUCCUUAGGAUAAUAAACGAGCCUACGGCCGCUGCAAUAGCGUACGGUCUUGAUAAGAAGGCCGCGGGUGAGAAGAAUGUCCUGAUCUUCGACUUGGGCGGUGGUACCUUUGAUGUGUCGAUCCUGACAAUUGAGGACGGUAUCUUCGAAGUAAAAUCCACGGCCGGCGACACGCAUCUCGGUGGCGAGGACUUUGACAAUCGAAUGGUAAACCACUUCGUGCAAGAGUUUAAGAGGAAGUACAAAAAAGAUCUGAGCAGCAACAAGAGAGCUGUGAGGCGCUUGAGGACCGCCUGCGAGAGAGCGAAGAGAACGUUGAGCUCGUCGACGCAGGCGAGCAUCGAGAUUGACUCGUUGUUUGAGGGUAUCGACUUCUACACAUCGAUCACUAGGGCCAGGUUCGAGGAACUCUGCGCCGACUUAUUCAGAAGCACUCUCGAACCCGUUGAGAAGGCACUUAGAGACGCAAAGAUGGACAAGGCUCAAGUUCACAGCAUUGUUCUGGUUGGUGGCUCCACCAGGAUACCAAAGAUUCAGAAGUUACUUCAAGACUUCUUCAACGGCAAGGAAUUGAACAAAUCUAUCAAUCCAGAUGAGGCUGUUGCCUACGGCGCGGCAGUUCAGGCGGCGAUUCUGCACGGUGACAAAUCUGAGGCGGUUCAAGAUUUGCUCCUGCUGGAUGUGACUCCGUUGUCGUUGGGUAUCGAGACCGCUGGCGGCGUUAUGACCACCUUGAUCAAGAGGAACACGACGAUCCCAACGAAACAGACUCAGACGUUUACUACAUAUUCCGACAAUCAACCGGGAGUACUUAUCCAAGUUUACGAGGGUGAGAGAGCGAUGACUAAGGACAACAAUAUCCUCGGCAAAUUUGAGCUGACGGGUAUACCUCCGGCGCCUAGAGGGGUACCGCAAAUCGAAGUCACCUUUGACAUCGACGCCAAUGGCAUAUUGAAUGUCUCUGCAAUUGAAAAAUCUACGGGCAAAGAGAAUAAGAUCACGAUUACCAAUGACAAGGGUCGCUUAUCGAAGGAAGACAUAGAGAGGAUGGUGAACGAAGCCGAGAAAUACCGAUCGGAGGAUGAACAACAGCGUGAAAGGAUUUCCGCUAAGAACUCCCUCGAGUCGUAUUGCUUCAACAUGAAGAGUACGAUGGAAGACGACAAAGUUAAAGAUAAGAUUGAUGCAUCCGACAAAGAGAAGGUCCUUUCCAAAUGUAGCGAGGUCAUCUCCUGGUUAGAUGCGAAUCAGUUGGCGGAGAAGGAAGAGUUUGCGGACAAGCAGAAGGAACUAGAAGCCAUUUGCAAUCCCAUCAUCACGAAACUCUAUCAAAGUGGCGGAGCGCCUGAGGGUGGCUUCCCUGGUGCUGGCGGAGCAAGACCCAAUCCUGGUUCUGGUGGCGCUGGACCAACCAUCGAGGAAGUCGACUAAAUUAAACGACCAAUUUCUGUUUUUUCCUUGUGUACUUUAACAAAUUUCGUUUCAUUUCAUUUUAUUAAAGUACACAUAAUGUUAAUAUAUUUGACAUAUUCAUUUGAUGAAUCUACGCUUUGUAAAAACAAAAUGUUUUUAUAAGGGUUGGGAAAGUUACUUUUUAAAAGUAACUCGUUACUGUUGCUCGAUAUCGAGUCAAAAAGUAUUAUUCAUUACCAUUACCAUCAUUUAAAACGUAAUGAUGCGCUACUUUUUUCGUUACUUUUUUAGUUUAAAAUAAGAUCAAAUUAAUUAAUAAAUUAAACAUAAAAUUUACUUUCUGUUAUGUAAAAUGUUUUUUAAAAGUAUUAAUAAAAACAUUAUUUUGUAUGUUAAAUUAGCAAGACCACAAAAAAUUAAAAAGAAAAAGGUUUAAAAAUGCUUAAAUUGCAAAUUAAAAAAUUGGAUUAAAUUAAAUUUAUAAAUGCAAAAUUUAUACUUUUUUGCACUUUCAAUUUUAUGUUUAAAAAUUUUAACAUGAUAAUUUCAAAUCCUAAAUUGUUCUUAAAAUGUAUGCAAUAUGAUUGAUUUAUGGCAUCUAAAGCUAUAUUUAAAGUGGUCUGUCUAACAACAGCUAAAGAUUAAACGUACAUAAUGGAAAUGUCAAAAAUAAAUUCAAAAUGUAAAAAGUAACGAUAAAAAUAACUAUUGAAUUCGUUACUGUUACUAAAAAAAAAUGUAACAACAUUACUGUUACAAUCAAUGAAAGAGAAAAGUAAUGCCGUUG